AUGCCCAGACCCGAAAUCGCCCGCAACGACCUCGAGAUGUCUGCUCCCCCGACGCCUCUGCGGAGGAAGCAGCGAAACGAAGAUGCGAAUGCCGCACUGUCCGCCAUUAGUGGUCUCGUGCCAGAGAAGGAGCUGAGCCUUUCGUUUACCAGCAAGAGCCCCAUGGACGUGCUCCUCUCCGACCCCGAAGAUUUAAUGGACGACGAUUCGUCGUCGUUUAAUGAUGGUUUCAUGGGCUCCUUCUCGUCGACCCGGACUGUAUCGCUCGAGUCGGCCGCCGGAGGCGAACUCGUCCCCCACCCUCUCUCCUCGGCAGUCGACGUCGAAGAACUCGAUUUCCGUGUAUUCGAAACCCGGACCAACGCGGACGCCAAGCCCGAGGGCACCUUUUCUCGCCUCCCGCUCAAGUCGGCCUUCAAAUCCAACCUGACCGCAUCGCUGCGGGCCAUCCGCUCCGCCGCCAAAUCUUUCUCUUCCCUGGCCUUGGUCUCCAUUCCACCCGACGAUUUUCUCACCCGAUCCAUCCUGACCAUCGAUCCCAAGGUCCCGUAUACCGACGAGCGCCGACCCCCGUCCUCAACACGGUCCUUUGCCGCGUCCAUCCAGAUGCAGACGUACAAGGUCCAGAGGUCACAGGCUCCGAUGAGUUCGGAGACGCCUUCUACUAGCCUAUCGCGCUCCGCCCAAGCCAACACCUCCUCAUCUUCCGCCAGCUCGUCUUCCUCCCAGUCCUACACGCCCCAACCUCAGUCGCCGAACCAGACGUCAUUUUCUUACCCACCAGGUGUCAUGCGGCAGCGCGAAAUGCGUGAGAACUCGGAUUUCAUUCGCAUUGCGGUGCUGGAAAUGGCCAUGAGGAAGCGUGGAAAGUUGGACGAUCAACGUCCUGGUCGCGCAAGAUGGGCUCUGCCUCCGAGGAAGCCCAUCACAAAGCCUUAUGAUAUCCGUUCCGACGGCGUUCCGACGCGAUGGGUCCCUGUCGGCUGCUAA